AUGUCGACCACUAUUGAAAAGAUCAAGGAGAUUGAGUCCGAGAUGGCUCGGACUCAAAAGAACAAGAACACCUCAUUCCACUUGGGUCAACUGAAGGCGAAGCUUGCUAAGCUCAAGCGUGAACUUCUGACUCCUACUGGAGGUGGUGGCGGUGGUGGAUCCGGCUUCGAUGUUGCGCGUACUGGUGUGGCCAGUGUUGGAUUUAUCGGUUUCCCCUCGGUCGGCAAGAGUACACUGAUGAGCAGAUUGACUGGCCAACAUUCGGAAGCCGCGGCCUACGAGUUCACAACCCUCACAACUGUCCCUGGUCAAGUGAUGUACAAUGGCGCCAAGAUUCAGAUUCUCGAUCUUCCCGGUAUUAUUCAAGGUGCCAAAGACGGCAAGGGUCGUGGUCGACAGGUCAUUGCAGUGGCCAAGACUUGCAACCUCAUCUUUAUUAUCCUGGACGUGAACAAGCCAUUGGUUGACAAGCGUGUCAUUGAGAAUGAACUGGAGGGCUUUGGUAUUCGUAUCAACAAGAAGCCUCCCAACAUCAUUUUCAAGAAGAAGGACAAGGGUGGUAUCGCCAUCACGAGCACUCAGCCUUUAACUCACAUCGAUGCCGACGAAAUCAAAGCUGUGAUGAACGAAUAUAAGAUUUCGUCCGCUGAUAUCUCCAUCCGAUGUGAUGCCACCAUUGAUGACCUGAUUGAUGUUCUCGAAGCCAAGAGUCGCAGCUACAUUCCCGUCAUCUAUGCCUUGAACAAGAUCGAUUCCAUUUCCAUCCAGGAAUUGGAUCUGCUAUACCGGAUUCCAAACGCCUGCCCAAUCAGUUCGGAGCACGGAUGGAACAUUGACGAGUUGUUGGAGAUGAUGUGGGAGAAGCUCAAGCUGCGCAGAAUCUACACAAAGCCCAAGGGCAGAGCGCCAGAUUAUACGGCACCUGUUGUGCUGCGUUCCUAUGCAUGCACGGUGGAAAACUUCUGUGACGCUAUUCACCGCACAAUCAAGGACGAUUUCAAGCACGCCAUUGUGUAUGGUCGCUCGGUGAAGCACCAGCCGCAACGAGUCGGUCUUUCCCACGAGCUUGCUGAUGAAGAUAUUGUGUCGAUCGUCAAGCGGUAA